AUGUUUACUUACAAUGAGAAGUCAAGAACGUACUGGUUUAGCAAAACAUGCAUGGAUAAUGACUCUGAAUUCAACUUAGUUGGUGUUGUAUCCUUUUAACAUAGUAAAUGAAAUACCGUUGAUCAAUGCAAAGUACAUGUAAUUUCACUUUGAAUUUGUUGAACUCUUUCUUAACCGUGCAACAGCUAAUGGGCUUAGCAGUUUACAACAGCAUCAUUUUAGAUAUCAGAUUUCCUCCUUGUUGUUACAAGAAACUCCUGAGUCCUGCGGUAGUUCCUUUUCACGAUCCUCAUGCUACAGUUGGCAUAGCACCGUUGGGGCUUAAGGACUUAAUGGAGGCCAUGCCGGUAAGUUUCCGCGGGUCCAGUUUUUCGAAAGGUUUAUAACACUAUCCACCGGAUAAACCUCUGUCCAGUGGGUAAAGCAAUUGGUUUCCCUGAAAUUUAUAUCCACUGGUCUGGAUAGUGAUUUAUCCGGGGAAUAGCGGUAUCCAGCGAUUGAGCAACUCGGGCUAGGGGCUUUUUUCUCGAAAGUGGCGACAUGAAUGGCUUUGAAAGUAAUUCAUUAAAAUUCUUAAGCAAGCAAAGGAAAGGAAAUAGACUGAUUAGGGGUUAGACCACCCACUACUUUUUCUUAAAUUUUCAAAGCUGCAAAUUAUUUGUCCUCUCCGGCCGAGUCACUGUUUUGGUCGGACAAAACAAACGUGUGGUUGGACUCAAUCUAAGACAGAUUCUGCCUCUUGAACAAUUACUGUGCGUUAUAAGUGCCCGAUAUUUUUAUAGACUGGUUACUGCCAUCUACUCACUGUCGUACUUUUAUUUUGGUGGGACAAAAAUUCAUUGUGCUUAAGAGGUAGAUUUCAUUCGUCUGCAAAGUUAUAUUUCUCGGUAUUUUGAAUUUUGACUGGACAUCAUUUCCGACCACUUAAGUUUUUCGUGGGACACGGGCCAAUUUUAAAUCGGACAUUUUGCGAUGACCGACAGUUACUUGCAGCUCCGGAACGUGAUUUUAUUUAAAGUGUAGCCUCGGGCUACGGAAACGGACCCUUAUCCCAUAUCAAGGAAUUACGCCACGCUACCUGCAGUUUUCUCAUUCCCAGGAUUCCUGCUUUGCUUACGUGGCUCGACUGCUUAGUCUUUUGUGGCGCGCGUGAUGUCUUUACUUGGAGCGCCCUUUGCAUUUAUUUUGAAGUUUACCGUUAUCUCUUGUAGGAUCUUGGGCGUGGCCUCAAGGAACUCUUAGAGUACGAAGGAGAUGUGGAAGAAGAUCUCUGUCAGACAUUUCAGGUCGGCUGUCAAUAUUCAUUUUAUUUCUAAGCUUAUUGUAAACAUUAAACCCAUCGUUGCCAUAACUUUAACUUAACUUUGUGAUAACAUCGGUGAUAACAAAUUUCUCCUUUUUUGGGUUUGUAAAUCUCAUUGCCAAGAUGGCGUCUAGGUUUAAAGACGUUACAACUAAAGGGCUCGAGAAACUAUUAAAAUUUUGAUAAAACGCGUGUUAAUUUUUCCGUAUUUCACUUUCACUACUUUUUUUAACUUUCUCCAAUCAGCUUUUUGUAAUAAUUCAGAAUAAAUUUAUGAUUAUUUUCUAGAUUUCUUACACUGUGUUUGGGGAGGUCAUCACUCACAGUUUGAAGCCCAGGGGUGAUAGAAUCCCAGUCACAAAGCAAAACAGACAAGGUAAUUAACUUCUACUACUAUGUUUGUGAUAAACCUCCCCUACGCUAGUCGAACCCCUGAUCCACCAGGUAGGCGCCUCAAAAGUCACAGUUUCGAAUUCUUUCAGAGUCGAGUAAAAUGUUUAUUUUCCAGUAGGUGGUUAAAUUAGACUGAAAAUAAGCAUUUAUAGCGUAAGGGUUGAUUUCCACUGUCGCGUAAUUUUUACGUGCGUACGUGUGUAAAAUUUACGUUCGCAAAUAAAAUAGAGGCCAUUUAUGAAAGGUUGCAGAUAAGCGUAAAAGUAGACCCUCGCUUAACUUCACGUUUAAUCUCAACACUAUAUCUUGGCUCUAUUAUUUAUAUUCACGUGAUUAAAACUUUCGCGCGUUAAGGUGCGUAGCCAAAAAACGCGUCAGUGGAAAUCAACCUCUACUUUGCUAGCCAUUAAGUUAUCACAUUGCUGUACCCAAGAUUUUCAUCCCUUUUGUCGCAUGGUGCACAUAAGCGGGCUGGACUUGAUGCCAUACACUGUACGCAGUCCCCCAUUUCGCCGCUAUUUUUCUUCUUUUCUUGAAGGAGAGAAGUGCCGAAGCUUAACACGAUAGGUUGUUUGAAGUGGCGUGGGGUAGUCUGUACCAGGCUUUCAGAUGGAACAGACGUGGCAAAAACAAGCUCAAGGGGAUAUAGAACGCGUGUGAUCUGAUCUCUCUCCAGCCCCCGCGUGUUUUUCGCAUUAGUUUUCACGAUCUCUGCCCAUUACUAUUUUGGAGCGGAAAGUAAGGAGAAAUCGUAUCCGCCAAAUUCCCACCUUAUUCUGUCUUCUUGGCUCCGGCGCACACUUCGGCUGCAUUCUUGCCUUUGCGUUAAGAAGCAUAGUAGUGUUCGGUCCAUCGGCCGUUACGACGGCAAUGCUUCAGGACAGGCUCACCACUGCCGUGUGUAAACUUUUGUUACAAUGCGAUGUUUUCAUUUCCGUCUCAGAAUACGUGAAUCUGUACGUGGAUUAUCUGCUGAACAGAUCUAUAUACCAACAGUUCGCGUCUUUUUAUCAUGGUUUUCACAGUGUGUGUGCUUCUAAUGCGCUUAUUGUAAGUACAAGUUUUACCUUCCCAGGCCAGGAUCAGUAGUGCUACUCUUUGUAACUUGUCUUGAAAAAUGUUAUUAAAACAUAAUUAUUUUAAAACAUUUCGCCAAGGCGUAAGUGUCAAUGUCAGGCUUUCAAAACAGGAACUUAAACAAUUAUUUACCCAGUUUGAAUUUUCUUUUGGUAUAUGGAGUAAAUAGUAAUGGUAGACUAUUCUGAUAAAUUUGUGGCACAUCUCCUUUCAUUACGUGCAGUAUUUUGAGGUGAAUGUUGUCUUUUAUCCAGAUGUUACGUCCUGAAGAAGUAGAGAUGUUGGUCUGUGGGAACCCUGAGCUUGACAUGGAUGCUCUCAGGAAAGUCACAGUCUAUGAGGGUUACACAAAGAAUGAUCCUACUGUGAGGUUGGUUAACUGGCGUAAAUCCUUAUAGUAACAAUAUUCUAAUCCUUUUCUGCUUCUUAAAUGUAAAUCUUUCGAAAGAUACUGCAUGCUGGGUUCGUUAGGCUAAACAGGCCUUUGCAGUCAUGUAUGAUAGAGUACGGUAUUUGUUCAAGCGGAACCGUGAGUGGUGUUACUGGGAAAGUUUAGCAACAUUUCCCGUGAAGUUCCAAGUUCCUUGGAAAAUGGCACACGAGAGAGAGAGAGUUAGCGACCAAUCAGCGGCCGAGAAAUCGCUCAGUUUAAUUGUAAAUAACUUUUGCAAGGCCAAGCCACUAUUAAAGGAUGUCCACUGAUACGAAGACCUCAGUGGAAGUUCAAAUAGUGCUAACUGUUGGUAACACCGGCACUAUAAGGUGGAAAUCUUGUUGCUUUCUUAGGUAUUUCUGGGAUGUUGUUCUGUCAUUUUCACUGGACUUGAAGAAAAAGUUGCUGUUGUUUGCUACUGGUAGUGACCGGGUUCCUAUUGGCGGCAUGGGUGAAAUGGAAUUCAAAAUCAUUCGCAUGGAAGUACCGAACAGCACGAGCAUGUAAGUUGUCAUGACAACAAAUAUCACCUCAAAGCCUAUUCUAGUUUCAAACUUUGACACACACAUAAAGUUGUUUUGUGGUAAAUUCAUCUCUUUCAGGUGCAUGUACAUAAGAAAAAAUCGACGAAAUCUAAGGGCGAGCUAUAACGUGACCUAUCGGUUACUAGCGAUAAUAUCCUGCGAGCAAGCUCCCUGGGGACAAGGGGUGAGAGAAAACCGCCCCCAGAGAGCUUGCUCGGAGACUAUAGCGAUAAAGGCAAGGGUGCUCUUCCUUUUGAAAUAAUAGUUCAAGUUUUAAGCAGCUGAGAAUCCUCUCAUAAGGUUGGUAUUGUUGUUUUCUUCAGAAGGCUUUUCAUACCUUUGUUUUUGUUCUUGUUUUGCAGGUUGCCCAUGGCACAUACAUGUUUCAACCAGCUCUGUCUUCCACCGUAUAAAAGCCGAAAGAUCCUCAAACAAAAACUGACCAUUGCCAUUUCAAAUGCGGAAGGUUUUGGGAUCGAGUGA